AACGUCAGUCAUUUCGUUUGUUGAUUUUAGUUUUUUCAGAAGAAACCCCCUUCUAUGCAAGUACCCGCCUUACUGAUUGUUCAAAUGACACGGGUUUAAUUCCCAGUUGGGGAUACGAUCAGUUACAUUCCAUGAAAUGAUACAUAGACGUUUUUCAAUGCUGAAACAGCCUGAUGUAUCAGAAAUAAAUACGCUUUAGGAGUGUUUACAUUUACAGAUUUUUGACAAUCUAGUUUCUGGCAUUUUCCGUUUCGUAACUUACGCAUAAAAGUUUAUUGACUGACAAUAAUAUAAUAACAAAAAGGGUGGACAGAUUUGCUGACUACAUAACUGACAUCUUCAAAUUUGUAGAGAUAGACAAGUCUGUGAUAUUGAUGUGUGCCAUGAAAGUCUGCAUUAGCAAUGCUCAUGGCGUCGGACUUCUUCUACCCGAACAUGGGCGGCGUGGAGGAGCACAUCUUCAACCUGUCGCAGUGCCUCAUCCUGCGGGGCCACAAGGUGGUGGUCCUCACGCACUCGUACGGCGACCGCGUCGGGGUGCGCUACAUGACUAACGGACUGAAGGUUUUCUAUCUGCCGGUGAUGGUGUUCUACAAUCAGUGCGUUCUCCCCACCAUGAUCUGUUCCCUGCCGCUCAUCCGUCACAUCUUCAUCCGCGAGAGGAUCACGAUCGUCCACGGCCACUCUGCGUUUUCUGCGCUGGGACACGAGGCCAUGGUGAUUGGACGCUUGCUGCAGCUGAAGACUGUAUUCACUGAUCACUCCCUGUUUGGGUUCGCGGACACAUCAGCUAUAAUCACAAACAAGUUCCUGGAGAUCUCGUUGGCGGACUGCAACCACUGUAUCUGUGUCUCCCACACGUGCAAAGAGAACACGGUGCUACGUGCAAGAGUGCCGCACAAACGUGUAUCUGUCAUUCCAAAUGCUGUUGACACAGCAGUCUUCACACCUGAUCCUUCACAGAGGAGCGCGGACAUGAUAACGGUAGUGAUAGUCAGCCGCUUGGUGUAUCGCAAGGGUGUGGACCUGAUGGCCCAGAUCAUUGCCGACAUCUGCCCGAGAUACCCGGAGGUGCAGUUCCUGGUGGGCGGGGACGGGCCGAAGCGCGGCCUGCUGGAGGAGGUGCGUGAGCAAGGCCAGCUGCAGGACCGCGUGGUGCUGCUGGGAGCCCUGGAGCACUCGGAGGUGCGCGGCGUGCUGGCGCAGGGCCACAUCUUCCUCAACACGUCGCUCACCGAGGCCUACUGCAUGGCCAUCGUCGAGGCCGCUUCCUGCGGCCUGCAGGUGGUGAGCACGCGGGUCGGAGGCAUCCCGGAAGUCCUUCCCCCUGACCUCAUCUACCUCACUGACCCGGAAGUGCCCUCACUGAUGCAGGGGCUGGAAACUGCCAUUGCUGACCUGAAGGCAGGCAGAGCAGUUCCCCCUCACGAGUGUCAUCGCAGGGUGAAGUCUCUCUACAGCUGGAAGAACGUCACUCAGCGCACGGAAGUUGUCUACAACUGUGUCUCGCGGGAGCAGGGCAAAACGCUUGGAAUGCAACUAAAAAAUUAUCUAUCGAGUGGGGCAACACCAUUCCUGUUGGUCGUCUCGCUGUGUUACCUCUUACUGCGAUUCUUUGACUGGCUUGUGCCACGACAGAACAUUGACAUUGCUAGAAAUUAUGUUGGCAGCAGCACUGCAUUAGCUCACACGAGGCCGGAGGCUGCUGAUCGCAACUCCAGAAGAUAGUGCUCACGUAUGUUGAGUGACAGCAAUUAACCAAAGUUUGGUGCUUCCACCACGUACCACGUACACAAUACCAAAGCUUUCUGCGGACUACCAGAUUUGUUCACUCAGACCAGCAUGCACACAGUGCAUGCAUUUUGGGUGUGAAGUGUUAAUUUACAAAGACUGAACUUUGUUAAUGUCAGAUUUUCAUUUUCUACAAUAAAACCCAAUUGUUACAAAAA